GAUCAACAGCGCCUCUCUGUGGUUACAAACGGUCUCUAACUGUCACUAUUUGAAUACAUUUCUUUAAAAAUGUUCUACAGUGUGAGGCGGGUCAUUUUUGCUAAUUGACAGAGUAUUUAUUUUAGUUCGAGGUUACAGGAAGUCGUUGUUGUGCUGUCUGCUAGCAGCAGUGUUUACUGCCUGCGCAGAGGAGCAGAAAACUGUCAACUCAUGUUGGCUCGGAGUCCAUGUUGUGUUCCAGAGCAUUAGCAGCCGUAGCAGCGGGCAUCUCUCUCAUCACCGUGGCCGAACACAUGAGCUCCGUGGCGGGAACCGCUCACUGUGGGCUCCGGGGGCCGCAGGGCUCCGGCAGCCCGAACGGGAGGCGGCUGCAGCGGCUGGUCGGAGUCUCCGGUUGCGGUCCGAACCGGGUCAACGACCUGCUGCUGCUGCGGCCCGAAUCCGACGAGGAGAGCUGCUCCGGAACCAAGGACAGGGGCAGCAACAGACACGUUGUCUUCUUCCAUGGAGACAUCCAGAACUUCAAGGAGGAGAUGGCCCUGCAGCCGGAGGCGUCUCAGUGGCUGUCCUGGAGUCUGGAGCAGGUGGCCCUGGUUCUGGGCCAGCGGUUCCCCAACAGGAACAUCUGGGUGGUCAAAGCCUCCCACAUGUACCUCAACAAGUUCAGCUGCUACCAGAACUUUGUGGAGAGCAACAUGUUCGGCGCGCCGGAGCACACCGCCUACAACGCCGACGGAGGAGCUUUUCACCAGCUCAGGUCGCUGCUGACCAACGCCAUGGAGCGGGCCAAGCUGCCGUCUGCAGGGGGCGCCGACGGUCUGCCGCCCGGGUUCUCCCUGACCCUGGUGGGCUUCAGUAAGGGCUGCGUGGUUCUCAACCAGCUGGUGUACGAGCUGCUCGGGGCGCGCGCCGACCCCAACAUGGCCGCCUUCGUGCGGCGGAUCUCGGACGUGUUCUGGCUGGACGGGGGACACCCGGGCGGCAGCCGCACCUGGGUGACGGACCGCGAGGCGCUGCGGGAGCUGGCGGCCAGCGGCAUGUCCGUGCACGCGCACGUGACCCCCUACGAGGUGCGCGACCCCAUGCGGGCCUGGGUGGGCCGCGAGUACGGCGUGUUCAUCCAGACCCUGGAGGAGCUGGGCGCCUGCCCCAGCAGGAAGCUGCACUUCCAGGACGAGCCGCCGUCCAUCCAGAACCACUUCCGGGUCAUCCUGGAAUUCUGAGUUCUGCUUCUUGUUUUGGUCUUAGAACUUUACGAACAUGACGGGAAACAUGUUUACAUUUGAUGAAACAUGAAGAAUUCAUGUUAAUUUUAUAUUUAACCAAAUUAUAUCUGAUGUAGCAUUCAGAGUACGGAGGGCCAAAAAUGACUAAAUUAAACCUCAUUGAGUUAAAUAAAUAAAUGUUUGAUGUAAUAAACAUAAUAAAGGGUUCCUGUUUGGUGACUUUGACCACAGGAACAGGAACCAUAAAUAAACACGAUUCAUUUUGUGCAUCGGCUGUUAUAAGUUUGCAUCUAAAUGAUUAAUUUUCAUAUUUAAUAAAGUGUCUUAAAUAAAUGCACAUGUAUCUUUUUAAUGAGCUAAAAUGUAAUUUUGUCUCUUCUGGCCCUCCGUACCAGAAGUAAACAGCCUCAUUCCUUCAGUCUGAAUCCAGGGUUUAUUUUUCUUCCUUUGAUGAACUGAAACAUGGCGGUUCUGGUUCUGCUGUUGAGCUCCAGAACUCGACCCGACCCAGUUAGUCACUGGUUUGAGGAGGAAAACCAGCCCACAGCAUGAUGCUGCCACCACCGCCUCCAAAACAAAAACAUCCCAGUUUAUCUCCACUGUGGAGUCAAACAUCUCAACAUCCAACCAAACAUCCAUCCAUCCAUCCAACCAAACAUCCAACCAAACAUCCAUCCAACCAUCCAUCCAACCAUCUAAACAUCCAUCCAACCAAACAUCCAUCCAACCAAACAUCCAAACAUCCAUCCAAACAUCCAUCCAACCAUCUAAACAUCCAAACAUCCAUCCAAACAUCCAUCCAACCAUCUAAACAUCCAUCCAACCAAACAUCCAACCAUCCAUCCAACCAAACAUCCAACCAUCCAAACAUCCAUCCAUCCAGUUCUGAUUUCAGCAGCUGAAUGUCGAUCAAUUUGUUCAUUCUGAAAUUAAAAAGGUUCAAUAAUCAAUAAAAUCUCUGAUUGGCCUCCAUGAUGGAUGAAGCUCCUCCCUCUUCAUCACCUACUCCUCCUCCUCAGUUAGCAGUGUGACGCUAGCGGCUCGUUUUCCUGAUGUUUCUGCUGAAUGUAACUUCUGAUUCAUUCCUUGCUGUCGUGCUGCUGGUGGCCAGCAGGGGGCGCCACUGGGACAGACACACCACACUGAUGCUGUUUUCUACAACUUUAAUGAGCUUUUCCAGUUUGCUGUGUGAUGCCUACAGAUUAGCCAGCAGUUAUCAGAUUACAGAUUAUUUCUUCUGUUGAAGAUGUAAUUACGCUCAAACAUUAAAAAACAAAUAAAAAUAAAGUUACAUCCUUUCA